UGUGGUGUCACUAGUCUCGGCUGAGGUUUUAAGACCACUGCGUUAGUAAUCCCAAGAAAAUGAUGUGGCUUGGUAUAUUAAUUACAAUAUCUUACUUUGCUCACUUUGCAGCCAGCAGUGGGCCAGAGCUUUCGGUCGUACAAUACCCUGAAGAUGCCAGCGUGUUCCUUAACUCCACAGUGUGGAUGCUGUGUGUAUUUGAGUACCCCAGUGAGGGGAACGAGGAGCCAGUUGUGUACUGGAGGAAAGGCCCUGAUUGCCACAACCAGCAGAGCCUCCAGGCAAGCCCCAGGGCAGGCAGGCCACAGGUACACAUUACAAAGAACACCCUCAGGGGUUUUUCCAUCUUAAAACUGAGCAACGUUGACCAGACCGCCAGUAACUCCUAUUUCUGCGACGUGACGUUAACGCAGAAAAUCCAGGGCAAAUGUGGAAACGGCACCAAGCUGACAGUGCAUGAUUUCAAGUGCAAAGACUGUAUAAAAUCAGAUAAGACUUGGUGGGGUUGGUUCCUUCUUCUUGGAUACGCCAUCAUUGUCACCACAGUUAUCAUAGCUUUUGGUAUUCACCAGUGCUGUAAAAAGUGCAAGAAUGAGUCAAGAAAUACAGAUAGCAGUGCUACCCUGCCAAGUGAAUGGACUUAUGACCAGCCAUCCAGACCAGUUAAUAAUGGGUUUAAUCAAGAAUACGAAGAUAUGUCACUAAUAAGAACUUUAGGUGACAUUGAAAGGAAAAUGAUAUGAACAACAAGGUCCAUGCAGUUGUAACCAAGAUAUGAGCAUGUGUGCUGUGUGCUACUUCUAUCAAGGUAGAAAAGAAACAUACACACAAAUCACUUAAUUAACUUGGAAUGGUUUUUGUUCAAAUCACCACUCCAUGAAGCUACAAAUUAAAUGUGCUUUAUUGUACAUAACUAUAAUCAAAAUAGUGAAAAAGCUAAAAGUAUUCCAACUCUUUUCAAUGCAAACAGAUCUGACCACGUAUACUGAUUUUUUUCUACUUCAAACACAAAGACACAGUUGUAAUUUUGUUUUUACCCAGGUUAAGACAGCUUCUUUGCUUUAUAAAUGCAAUUCUGUAACACAUUCUCUAUCCACUGCAAUGGCAGAUUUAAAGAAGAGUUUUUCAGAGAGGAAUUCCUCACAUGCUCCUAGUGUACUGUCUGACCUUAUUUCUAACUCCUUACAUCCCUCAUGUUUACAAAUGCCUGCAACUUCUUCCACUCUUAGCUAUUUAGCCAGCUAUGCCAUUCAUGUAAGGCAUAUUAAUGAGUUUUUAAACAUUGUAAUUUACACGCUUUCUGAAGAAACAUUAAUUACUGAACUAAUCUUGACAGGUAGAUAGGCUACAUAAAUAAAAGUUUUUCGCUGUAGGGCUUAUCCUUACUGCUUAUGUGACAUAUCUAAGAUUGUAAUAUAAAGUAUUUGGAUUAAA